AUGGUGGCUGACCUGCUGCUGGCUAAGCUGCGCGAGCUACAGGCAACAGUCGAGUCGACAGAGCCGGAGGCGUCCAUCCUUCCGACAUGCCUCUCCCUCCUCGAUCAGCUCGGCACGGUGCUCGGCGGCGGCGGCCCUCCCCCUUUAACGACCAGGGAGGACCGGUACGGCGGCGUCGAGAUUGAGGUACCGAUUUCUGCCGCGGACACGCCGCACGCGCUCGGCGUUGAGCUCAGCCGCCGGAUUGAGCAGUGGGCCGCCGCGGGCAAGCGAGGGCUCUGGCUCAAGAUCCCGCUGGAGUGCGCCGCCUUUGCGGGCUCGGCGGCGGCGCAGGGCUUCCAGUUCCACCACGCAAAGCCGGAGUACGUCGAGAUGACCCGCUGGCUGCCUACCGACCAGCCGAGCCCGCUUCCCGCCUACGCCUUCACCCAGGUCGGCGUCGGCGGCGUCGUCGUCAACUCCGCGGGCCAUGUGCUGAUGGAGCGCGUCUCUCCGACGGCGAAGAUGCAGGGCAGCUGGAAACUGCCGGGCGGGCGCGGGCUCGCCGAUCCGGGUGAGGACUUUGCCGACACGGUGCGCGAGGAGACGGGGAUCGCCGCCUCGCUGUCCAACGGCGGCGGCGUCGUCUCGCUGCGCCACUCGCACGGUUUCCGGUUCGGCGUGGGCGACUUGUACGUGGUGGUCAAGCUCGUGUGCGAGGGCAGCGAGGAGAUCCAGAUGAACGAGCGCGAGCUCGCCGGCGCGCGGUGGGUGCCGUGGGAGGAGGUCCGGGCGAUGGUGGCGCCUGCGAGCGCAGAGAGCUUUGACGGAAAGGUGAGCCAGACCAACCUCGAUUUCAUCUCCAGCGCGCUCAGCGGAGCGCUCAUCGCCGGCACGCCCACGCCAAGCAGCCGGCCGGGCGUAAGCUCGAUGGUCUACACGGCGCGCGCAGCGGAGACUUAG